GGAUGUGUUACUGGUGUUCAACCAAUCAUACGCCGCGUUUGAUUCAAACAGCGCCAUUUUCAAAGAAAGAUAUGCCGACAAGCAUGGCGGAAGUGAUCAGCCAUUGAGUCAUGAUCAGGGCAUCAAGAUCCAAGGUCAUAUUGAGGUCGACAUGUUCCCUUGUCAGGUCUUCCUCCAAAUCUAGUAUUUAUCGUAACUGGGGAAGUGAUGUGAAGGAACCGCUGGUGAUUUUGGUCGGAAAAGACUGCAGAGAAAAUGAAGAACUCAAGGCUGCUGUAAAGGCACUGGAACUGGAUCAGGAAGAAUCUGACACAGGACUGGAGUUGAUUCGUAGGGCCUCGGAGAUAGAGAGCGUUUUUGUCCUGGGUGUGUUUGAGGGCGAGGUCUACCACAAACUCCUAAAGGCCGAGGCCAGGAUCAUUGGGCCUCCAAUUGUACAUCAAUGUGCCAAAAACAAAUGUCCGAUCCCCUUCCACAGUCGUCCUCUCUACUGCACCGCCAUGCAGGGCGUCAUUACUUGUUUCACAGGCUUCAACAGACGAGAGGAACUGGCGCCCCUAGCAGACCUCCUCCACCACAUGGGCGGCAGUGUACGCAAGGAGAUCACCCCAAAGGUCACUCACCUGGUGGCCAACAGUACAGAGGGCGAGAAAUACAGGUUUGCAGUCAGUUUUGGCACCCCUAUCAUGAGUUCUGACUGGCUGUAUCGUGUAUGGGAGGAGCGGGACAACCUAGAGGUCAAGGGCACAAACCCUAAGCUGAUGGUUCACAGGGUGCCUCCAUUUUUCAAGUGCUGUCUCAGUUUCCUUGGAUUUUCUAAAGAAGAACAAAAACACAUGGAAGAAUUGACCAUAGAAAAUGGCGGAAUGUUUGGGGCCGUGGACGAUGACGAGUGCACCCAUUUGGUCGUGGACGAUCAGGGAACAAAGGAGCUGCCGCCAACCUCCAUGCUGCCACACUACGUUGUCAAGGGAGAGUGGUUCUGGGGGAGUAUACAGAUGGAGGCGUGUGCUGAUGAGAACCUGCUAGAAUAUCAGAAGAUGAACCCUUCUGCCAACUCAAUAUUCACUCCUGGGCGCUGUAUGUCAGGGUCCAAGUCACGGAAGAGGAAACGAUUAAGGGAAAAUAUUGCACAGCUGGCCGGUGAGGGUGACUACGACUCUCCACUCUACAAGCGACGUUCCAGCGAGAUGGGACGUACUUCAAUGAGCCCUAGUUCCUUCUUAGAUGCCUCCAACACACCCGACCAGUCAGAUUAUGUUACAGAAGAUCAAAAAGAGAAAGUCUCCAAUAUAUCGAUGAAGAUUACACCCAGACAACAGGUUGUGAUGGAGUUUUUACAGACAGAAAAAAAUUACGUUGGGAUCCUGAACACUAUUCUAACUGUUUUUAAAGCUGAGGUGGAAAAGCCAAACCAGUAUAAUGGAGCUCUGCUAGCUCCACAGCAUACUAAGGUCAUUUUUGGCAACAUUCCACCGAUUUACGAUGUCCACUGCCAAAUCUCGGAGGAGCUACAGAGCAUCGUGGAAAACUGGAGUGAAGAGAAGGGAAUUGGCGAUGUCAUACUUGAACAUGCUGAUGCUCUGAUGAAAGCGUACCCACCAUUUGUCAACUACUUUGAGCAGACCAAAGAAACCAUAGCUAAAUGUGAUAAAACUAACCCUAGAUUCCAUGCCUUUUUGAAGGUGUGUCAGUCAAAACCAGAGUGUGGACGACAGACUUUGACGGAGCUGCUUAUCCGGCCUGUCCAGCGCCUACCCAGUAUUUCACUUUUACUUAAUGAUAUUAUGAAACACACCCCGAAGGAAAACAUUGACCACAGUAAGCUGGAAAAGGCCAUCAACAUCCUCAAGGAAGUCAUGACGCACAUCAAUGAGGACAAGAGGAAAACAGAAAACCAGGUGGUCAUGUUUGAGAUCAUGAAUGAUAUAGACAAUUGUCCUCCCACACUACUGUCCUCACACCGAAAGUUUGUCGCGAGGAUGGAUGUCAUAGAGCUGUCCGACGAGCUUUGUGGUAGAGGGAUGCCUCUCUCACUCUUCCUCUUUACCGACAGUUUAGAGUUAUGUAAGAGACGAUCACGAUACCUGAACAGUUCCAAGUCGCCAGCCCUCCUAAAAACCCCACAGAAGGCAUUAAAACAUCUGACAUUGAUACCACUUGCAGCAAUUAAACGGGUGGUCGACUGUCUGGAGCGAGACGAUUGUCGCAAUUCUUUUGGGAUAAUAGUUAAGAGUAAUUCAGAGAUGACAGAAAAGUUAUUCAGUUUUAUGGUGGAUGGGGAAGAAAGCAAAAAAGAAUUCACGACCCAACUCACCAAGAGUAUCUCCCACAUAGUGUGUAUGGCUGACCAUGAAUCCUUGAUGGUGACAGUCGUCGGCCGGGAUCUCCACAUCAACACAAGUGAGCUGGGUAAACAUAGCAUCAGCAAGGCAGCAAGUAAAGCAGCGAGACUGGGUAAGCGUGUCAGUCGAGCAUUUUCGUUCAACAAGACACCAGGUCGGCUGAAGAGAGCUGUGUCCAGUGUGUCACAUGCCUUCAGUCCUUUCGCCGACUCCCGAGAGAGAUACCUUGGAACGCCACGGGGAAAUCUCCAGGGCAAGAGAUUGGCUAGUUGUAUGGACCUCACCGAUUCAAUCUCACCAACACUCAGUAGUUACGCCAGCUCGACCACGUUGUAUGAUGAGAGUGACACUAUCAGUUUAGGAGCAUACUCCCUCAAAGAAUUGCCCUGAAAGACCAUAGGAUUCAACAUAAACUUAUAUCCCAUAAACUAUAGCAUGGAACUGCCAAAGUGACCAAAAAUAUCACUGGACCAAAGUUUCUGGCCAUCCCUACUACGUCUGCCACCAAUCCGAGUGAACCAGGACGUAUCUACUGCAGUACAAAAUGAUUUAGAAUUGAUCAUGAGACAGUGUUGAGGAUUAAGUGGGGGAGGGGGGAACCUACCAUAAGAAAUGAAAAAUCAUAACUUGGGACCUGGUUCAUGUUGAGAUUUUAAAAAGUCCAUUUAUAGAUGUAACAUUAUUAUUAUUAUUAUUUCAGCAUAUUUCCUGCAUUGAUAAACACAAAGUUGUAUUCAAUAUACCUUGGUAUUGAUAAUUAAAUUGCAUUCUUGUAAAGUCCAAAAUAUUCUCUUCCAAAAAACACCCCCAAAUGUGAGGAAAAAAAUAGAUGUUAAGUACCACCUGCAAUACUAGUGGUACUGGCUUAGCAACUUUGCAGUCACUUCCGAAAGGGAGAUGAUUUGUGUACAUGCUCAGUAUUAAUGGAAAUGUCAUACAUUUAUAUUGCUGAAAGGUGCUACAUAUAUAUAUUUGUAGGUCAUAACAUAAAAAAUGUCGAACA